AGGGGUGAGUGUCACCGUGCGCCGCGGCGCCCCCUGCCGGCCCCGGCGCUGCUCCGGGCCCGGCUCCGCCGUGGGGCUCAGCGGGAGCGGAGCGGAGCCGCUCGCGUUCCCCGCGGAGGGGGCUCCGAGGGCACGGGGCCUUCCGUCCUCCCUCGGGACAACGCGGCCUUUGGCUCUCCGCACUCGCUGUUUGCCCUCACGAACGCCUCCGCGUGAGCUGUCCCACGGCGCGCACCGCUGCGCGAGAGGUGAAUAACCCAACAGGGAUUUCUUGCGCACAGGGGGACAAACGGCAGCACCGGGCGAUGCGCCGGUACCUCGGAGGGGUCACGACAGAUCCCUCGUCUCCAAGGAGGUCUUCCAAGCCGGAACACCAACCAGGACCUGGGGAGGAAGGACGGAGUGGCCUUUGCCUGGGCACGGUGACAAGCGGUGGGUCACGGGACACGAGGUAUUGCUCCUGGUGCCUCCGUCUUCCUGGCGGGAAGCGCAUGUGGCCAGCCCUGAGCGAGCUGCCUGCUCAGAUCGGACCUCUGGGGAUUAAAGUAAUUCUAACAGCGUGAUGUUGCAUUGCAUGUGGCUGUGACUGCAGAGCCAUGAACCUCAGAAGAGAUAUAAACAGUACUUUGGGGUUUCCUCCAUCUAAUUCUCUUUGUGAGGCAGGUGAGAUGAUAAGGACUAAAGGCAAGACACCUUACUCUGCAAAAAUCACCUUGCAGUCCAUAAAACAAUGAAAGUCUCCAUUUCCGACAGCAGAUUCCUGUCAAUUGUGUUUAACUUUUCGGUAGUAUCUCAUGUACACAUCUGCUUCCCAGCUCUGGCAUUUCCUGUUGGAGACACAAGCCCCACGUCUAGCACAUAAGACUGAUUUUCAGGGGAACCCAUCUGAAAGUAUGACUCCUUCAUCUCACGGCGUGGCGUUCCGGGAUCCUUUGCGCAAGAGAUCAGAUGAUGCAAACUCGUGUGUGAGCCAAGCAUGGUACAGCAUCAGAAGAGCCCCGAGGAAAGGGAGAGUAAAUUGGCUUCUCUUUAUUGGGGCUCAUCUGUGCUGCACAAUCUUUAGGAGAGGAAGAAGCAGGAAACAGGGGUUAUGCAUCAAAAGGAUGCCCCAGAUCAAAUGAAACUGGAAAAGCCAAAAGACCUCAGUCAUCAGGAUGUUCUUAAACCAAAAGGGAGAAGGAAUGUCAUGAGGGAAUUUAGCUAUCUUGGAAGUGAUCAUCACUAUAUAGCUUUAAGUCCUCAGUCUGCAAAUGAAUUGCUCUGGAUUUACCCACAGUAACUGAGCUCAUUUCCCUUUUUAGCCGAUAAAAGCCCAGUUGUCUGGAACUCCAACAGGCCAAUUGUAAAAGCAGCAUGUGGCAAAGGCUGAUGAGUCACCAGCUCAUUUGCACAGCAGCCAGUAACAACAAACCCUUCACAUUUCCUUAGGCCAGCCAAGGAGAGCUCUGACUUCCCCAUCCCUGGGAGAGCAAAUACACAGGUUGGGGACUGAUCUGCCUCCUCCUUCUUUUCCUCCUCCCUUUCCUCUUCCUCUCCCACCUCCUCAUCUCUGCUUUGUGCCAGUGCUGCGGCACUCCAAAAGGUGGUUACUCAGGAGCUGGGGCUUUUGCCUCACCACACUCCACAGUGCUUCCAACCGUGGAGCAGGACUGUGAUUUGCUCCUGAAGACCGGCAGCAAAUGGUUCCCCAUGAACUGGAAAGAUGGAUUAGCUCAGUCUUUGCAGAUUCCUCGCAGAGGGAGCGAGGGGUGACCCCACAGCAGGGAAGUUAAAACUGCUAAUACUGUUUGGCAGCACUUCACAAGAUCAAAUCAGCACUUGGUUUUACAGCAGAGCACUUCCAAGAAAUCCCACUGGUGAUGAAAGUUUCAAGGUAGACAAAAAUAUCUGUGGCUGUAGAGCAGCCACAGCAGAAUAGAGUCUUGAAAGAGAAGCAGCUCUGGGAAUUCUGCUAGGGAAUGUCCUGUACUGGCCACCAGCAUCAAACAGGCACCAAGUUUAGCAUCCUCCCCAGUCAUGAGUGUGGCUUCAGCCUUCUACAGGAUUUACUGCCUCUGAGCUUCUGCCAAGGUGAUCACAGCGAUCUCAUCUGGAUUCCAGCGCUCCCAAGUGACUUUGCUCCCCACCAGCUUCCGUGGAGCCAGCUGGGCCCCUCUGAGAUGGUGCAGAAACGCAGCCUCGCCGUCCCCUACGGAGUGCCCGUCCUUGCCAUUUCCUUCUUGGCAUGUGUGGCCACAGGUUUGGAACUGUCUGUAAAUAACCAUGCUGCUGACUUCACCCUGUCUACAGAGCUUGGCCCUCCCAUCUCCCUCUCGUGCCUUGUACACAACAGCAGCCAGGCUGAGGAGCUGCUCUGGUACCGGGGAGAUGGGCAGGUGGGUCUGAAAGAUGGGAAUAAAGUGAAUAUCAGUAACAUCUGCAUAUCCCCGGUCAACGAGUCUGACAACGGAGUCACCUUCACGUGCAAGCUGGCGCGGGACAAGUCUGUGCAGGUGUCUGUGAUCCUGGAUGUGCACUUUCCUCCCCGGCUGAGUGGAGAGGAGACCCUCCAUGUGGAAGAAGGCAAAGAUGUUACUCUGACCUGCAACUCCAAGUCCAACCCUCAAGCCCAAACCACUUGGUACAAGGACAACCACAGCCUGACCCUGCAGCAAAAUCAUCAUGAGCUGCACCAGACCAGUGAGGUCUUUCAGCUCUCCAUCAAGAAAGUGCAGAAGUCUGACAAUGGGACCUACACCUGCGUGGUAGAAUCACCCUUGGGAAAUGGGACAAGGGAUUUCCACCUCAUAGUUGAAGAUAAAAAACCUGUUUUUCCCAAGGAGGCCAUUAUUGCUGCUGUCGUGGUGGUUACAAUCACAAUAUUUUUUGGAAUUGUGGCUCGAAAAGACACAAUUUUUAAGUGCUUCAAGAAACCAAAAGAAACAACUCUGUAAAGAACACCCAGAAAACAUCAUUUCUAGUGGUCAACCAAAGGCAUUGUGUGAGAGGAUGAGAUAAAGCACUGAAACAAGUUUUUUUUUGGGUCAAGUUUAUAUGUUUUUUCAAAAUAUAAGUGGUUCUUUGCAUCUGUUGAUUCUAACCUGCUGCUUAGAGUGUCAGAACUGUUAGAACUGGUCACUGGGAACCUUUCCUUAGAGCACCAUUGAGGUGGGUGGGCUGCAUGCGAUGGUGCCAGCUCUUGCUCUCCAUGCUUAUUCCAACAAGGAAUGCAUGUGCAGUCCGGCACAUGGGUUGUGGAUUCCUACAGAGGAAUCUCUGCUGGACUGUGAUGCUGAUGCACACAAAUGAAGUGAGGUGUUGGGCUGACAGCUGCUUUCUCUCCUGCAGUGCCAUUCCACAGGGUGCUGGGGUGGUGGCCACCCAACUUCCUGCCCCUUCCCAAUGAUCCUAUGGGCACAUCAGCUUCUCUUGUCAGGGCAAAAGCUGCCUGGCACUCAGCACUGCUGCUGCACCUCCUGUCUCUGUGGCUGAGACAGACCCCAGGGCUUGGGGCAGCCCCAAGUGAAGUUCCAGUGUGAUUGCUCCAGCGCCACAAUGGGUGGAAAACCUCUCCAUGCGUCCCUUCCCUCAACAAAUGUGCCACUCAAGCACUUUUCUCAAGGUCCUGGCAAGCUGUUGAAGCCUCAUCAUGCCUUGGAACAGUCCAUUACUAACACUGUCAAUAAACGCUGCGUGCUGUAAAUCAA